AUGCCAGCUCUGCCCCUGGACCAACUGCAGAUCACCCACAAGGACCCGAAGACAGGCAAGCCGAGGACAUCGCCCGCGCUGCACCCCGGGCAGAAGGCAGAGCGGUGUUUUGUGUUAUACAAACCGCCCCCUAAAGACAACGUCCCCGCCCUGGUGGAGGAGUACCUGGAGCGCGCCGCCUUCGUAGCCAAUGACCUCGACUGGCUCCUGGCCUUGCCUCACGCUAAGUUCUGGUGCCAGGUCAUCUUCGAUGAGAGCCUGCAGAAGUGCCUGGACUCCUACCUGCACCACGUGCCCCGCAAGUUCGACGAGUGGGUGGCCCCGGCCCCCGAGGUGGCGGACGCGCAGAAGCGGCUCCAUCGCAGCGUCUUCCUCACCUUCCUCCGCAUGUCCACGCACAAGGAGUCCAAAGACCACUUCCUCUCCCCGUCUGCGUUCGGAGAGAUCCUCUACAACAACUUCCUGUUCGACAUCCCCAAGAUCCUGGACCUCUGCGUGCUCUUCGGGAAAGGCAAUGCGCCGCUGCUCAGGAAGAUGAUAGGAAACAUCUUUAACCAGCAGCCAAGCUACUACAGUGACCUGGAUGAGAGCAUGCCCACCAUCCUUCAGGUCUUCAGCAACAUCCUCCAGCACAGCGGCCUGCGAGCGGACGGGGCCAGCUCCACGCCCCAGAAGCUUGAAGAGAGGGGCCGGCCGACCCCCAGUGACAUGCCUCUCCCGGAGCUGAAGGACAUCGUCCUGUACCUGUGCGACACCUGCACCACGCUCUGGGCCUUUCUGGACAUCUUUCCGGCGGCUGGCCAGACCUUCCAGAAACACGACUUCUGCUACAGACUCGCUUCCUUUUACGAAACAGCAAUUCCUGAGCUGGAGUCUGCGAUUAAGAAGAGGCGGCUUGAAGACAGCAGGCUGCUCGGUGACCUGUGGCAGAGGCUGUCCCACUCCAGGAAGAAGCUGCUGGAGAUCUUUCACAUCCUCCUGUACCAGAUCUGCCUGCUCCCCAUCCUGGAAAGCGGCUGUGACAACAGUCAGGGCUUCAUUGAAGAGUUCCUGCAGAUCUUCAGCUCUCUGCUGCAGGAGAAGAGGUUCCUGCGGGACUACGACGCGCUAUUCCCCGUGGCCGAUGACGUCAGCCUCCUGCAGCAGGCCUCGUCCGUCCUAGACGAGACCCGGGCUGCCUACAUCCUCCAGGCGGUGGAGAGUGCGUGGGAAGGGGUGGACCGGCGGAAACCCACCGACGCUAAAGAGCCCCCAGUGACCGGGGGCCUUAAUGGCGCCGUGGCGACCGGGGAGCCGGUCGGCGGAGCGGCCUCUCGCCCAGAGACCUCGGAGGAGGAGUGCCUAGGGGCCGCCGCCGCCCUGGACCCCCCCGUGAGGGGCGUGGAGCUGGACUCGCUCAUCUCCCAAGUGAAGGACCUGCUGCCGGACCUCGGGGAGGGCUUCAUCCUGGCCUGCCUGCAGCACUACGGCUAUGACCCGGCGCAGGUGAUCAACAACAUCCUGGAGGAGCGGCUGGCCCCCGCCCUCCGCCGGCUGGACCGCGGCCUGGACAGGGAGGUGAAGCCGGACCCGACGCCUCUGCUGGCAGCUCGUCACAACGUCUUCCAGAACGACGAGUUUGACGUGUUCAGCAGGGACGCCGUGGACCUGAGCCGGGUGCACAAGGGCAGGCGGAAGGAGGAGAACGCGCGGAGCCUGCUGAACGACAAGCGGGAGGUGGCGGCGCAGCGGCAGCGCUACGAGCAGUACAGCGUGGUGGUGGAGGAGGUGCCGCUGCAGCCCGGCGAGGGCCCGGCCUACCGCGGCGACGACUACGAGGACGAGUAUGACGACACGUACGAUGGCAACCAGGUGGGCGCCAACGACGCCGACUCCGACGACGAGCUCAUCAGCCGCAGGCCCUUCACCAUCCCUCAAGUGCUAAGAACCAAAGUGCCCACCGAGGGGCAGGAGGAGGAUGACGACGAGGAGGAGGAAGCUGAGGACGAGGCCCCCAAGCCCGACCACUUUGUGCAGGACCCCGCCGUGCUCCGGGAGAAGGCAGAAGCCCGGCGCAUGGCCUUCCUCGCCAGGAGGGGGUUCCGGCCUGACAGCUCAGCAGCAGUGGCCGGCAGCCCCCGGGGCCACGGGCAGAACCGGGAGACCACGCAGGAACGCAGGAAGAAGGAAGCCAACAAGUCCACACGCGCCAAUCACAACCGGAGGACCAUGGCCGACCGCAAGAGGAACAAAGGCAUGAUUCCGACCUGA